AUGAUUAUCGGUUUGAUUUAAAUUAUAUAGCUGAUUUAUCAAAUGUAUAGGAUGCAAAAGGAGAAGGUAGAACAUUUUGUAUUAAAAAUUCAGAGAUUAAUAGUUGAAAUAAUACAGAUAAUGAAAAUGAUUAAGUUUAUCAAAUUUCUGGUAUAUUCAUAGAGAAUGUUUUGA